AUGACCGAUCAGUCGUCUCGUCUAAGCAUCACUAACCUCCGGACAACCUCGCAGCUAAUCAAACAGACAGCCUCAAUCUUCUCGUCCAAUCUCUUCACCUUAAUCUUCCUGUCUUUAUUACUCUUCUCUUUCCGUACAUUCAUCGAAAAUGGCACCCACGUCCUCACUUCCUUCAUCGACCGCGACCCUUCUCUCAAAUCCCUCCUCUCCCGUCUCGACCUUGCCGGCCACCACCAACACCAACACCACCACCACUACCACCACCACCGCAUUCACCAUCGUCUCCCUCGCCGUCGCCGCCCCUUCCUCCACCUCACCCGUGUUGGUACCCUAGAUGAUGAUUUCUUUUCUGCUGAUGACGAAUCUGAUUCUUCCCUCUUCCCAAAGUUCCCUCCCAAUGGCAGUUUCGUGAUUCUCCACAACUUCGAUCCCAAAUUUGGAUUCUCCGAUUUCGUCAUCGACAACGGGAUUAAAGUUCCGGAAAUUGUCCGGUCUGGUAUUCAGUUCAAGGCUGCAGAAGAAAAUCAUUCGUUUCUUGAUAAUACAAAUAGUGAUAAUGAGAUUGAAAGCAGCCGCGAAGAUUUUAACAACAAUGAGAGUGGAAAAGAAGGAGAGGAGAAGAUUGUGGAUUUGCACUUUUUGGUAAAGGGAUUGGAAUUGGGGAGGCGAGACACAGCUGCCUUGUUUUUUCUAGUAAGUUUUCUAUCUGCUGCUUAUGGUUGGGUCAUUUUGGGAUUUACAGCAAUAUAUUCGUGGAUUUUAGGAAUUGUUUUUAUUGUCGUUGUUAAUGAUUUGUUAGGGAGAUAUGGUUCGUUUGUUGGGGUUGUUUGGAAUGGCUCUAGAUUAGGGAGUAAGAGAUUAGCUGGGUUUAUUUUGAUGAGGUGGGCAGUGAGGGAUGCUUUGACUCAGUUGGUGGGGUUGUGGUAUUUUGGUGAAAUCGAGGAUCAGUAUUCGUUUUUUAAGCUUUUUGUGAGGUUGAAAGUGAUGCCGUUUUCGGUUAUGUUUCCAUGGAUCAAUGGGUUUGAAAAAGAGAUUUCGGGGUUUUUGGUUACAUGGAUGUUGGUGGAUGUGGUUGUGGGUUUUAUAUUUGCUGUGGAUGCUUGGGUUACCGUUGUGGAUACGAGGAGGACUGGGAGAGAGAUUUUGAAAGAGGGUUGUUAUUUGAUAUCCACUAUGUUUCAUCAGGCUGUACAGAUUAAAUGUUAUGAAGAAAUACUUUGUGGGUCAGCUGCAAGAUGGGUUUUCGCUCGGGUUUUCGGGAAGUUUUUGGCCACUCUUUUGCAGUCAGCUUUUGAGGUUUACUUUAUGGUGGCUUGGCUGAUUUUUUACUUUGUGACAAGGUGUAAGGAAGCUGAUUCUGAUGGAAGGAGGUUUGGGAGGAGAGAGUUGGAGGGAAAGGGACUAAGGGCAGAACUUGCCUGCUUGUCAGUGCUUGAUGAAGUCUAUAAGAAUGAAGUCGUUAGUGUUAUGGAUGGUGAUUCUGGUUCGAGAAAGGCUGGCAUAGUUGGUGUGCAAUUGAGAAGUUCGGUGUUGAAGUAUACUCAGCGUUGGGUGCUGGGAUUUGGGAAAGACAACUGGUUGAGAAAUUCUCUGUUUCUUUCGGACAUUAUCUCAAGAACACUGAGGACAUUAGAAAUAGUCAUCAAAGUAUUAGACGAAGUCUUGAAGAACGGAGUCACCGGUGCUAUAAUUACUAAUUAG